UGUCUGUCCUCGUUGCCAGGGAGCCGGCGUCUUGUUGAUGUGAUGGACGUCAACACGCAGAAGGGAAUCGAGAUGACGAUGGCGCAGUGGGUGAAGUACUACGAGACGCCGGCUGAAGAGCGGGAGAAGCUGUACAACGUCAUCAGCCUCGAGUUCAGCCACACCAAGCUGGAGAACAUCGUGCAGAGGCCUGCCACGGUUGACCUGGUGGACUGGGUGGACAAUAUCUGGCCCCGUCAUCUGAAGGAGAGACAGACGGACUCCACCAACGCCAUCAUCGAGAUGAAAUACCCCAAAGUUCGCAAGUACUGCCUGAUGAGCGUGCGAGGCUGUUACACAGACUUCCACAUCGAUUUCGGAGGCACCUCGGUGUGGUAUCACAUCCACAGAGGGGGCAAGAUCUUCUGGCUCAUACCCCCCACCCCUCUGAACCUGGAGAUCUACGAGAGCUGGGUGCUGUCCGGCAAGCAGGGAGACAUCUUCCUGGGAGACAAGGUGGAGAAGUGUCAGCGCAUCGAACUCAAGCAGGGUUACACGUUCCUGAUCCCCUCCGGUUGGAUCCACGCUGUUUACACUCCAGAAGACACCCUGGUCUUCGGUGGCAAUUUCCUCCACAGCUUCAACAUCCCCACCCAGCUGCGUAUCUACAACAUUGAGGACCGAACGCGGGUUCCGCUCAAGUUCCGCUACCCGUUCUACUACGAGAUGUGCUGGUACGUGGUGGAGCGUUACGUCUUCUUUCUGGCCAAGUGCUCCCACCUGACAAAGCAGUUCCAGAAGGAAUCUCAGCUUAUCGACUCGGACUCAGAGAGCGACAGCGACUCCUCCAGCAGCGAAGAGGACGGGGAGGGCGAGGGGAUCGCCGGGGGCCCUCCAGCUGCCCCUCGCACGAGGGGGGUGUGGCCGCCCAGGCUCCCCCCCCUCUGCCCCCGCCCCCUCCCCCCCGGCCAGACCAACGGGCUGGGGGCCGAGGGCGGGGCGCCCCGGGCGCUGAAGCGCAGCCCCUCCAGCGAAUCGCAGGACUCGAGGGCCGACGGCUGGAUCCACCUGACCCACUUCGAGCGGAGCGGGCUCCGGGCGCUGGUCGACAGGCUGGAGUCGCUUCCCGAGAACAAGAGGUGCGUCCCAGACGGUCUGAUUGACGCCGAGUCCCUCCUGAAAGACAUGAAGAAGGUACUGGAGGACCACAUGAACGACGAUCCCAAGCUGGCUUGUACCGGGUUCCCCAUCAUCCGGUGGCCAAAGAAACGAGACAAGCCGAAGAUGGGGAGGCCGCGAUCGCGGCCCCCUCCCCUGCCCCCAGGCCGGCCGCCGGUAGUGAGGGGCGGCCCGGGUUCCCGGAGGAGGAGGAGGAGGUGUAAGCAGUGCGCAGCUUGCCGGCGCCGCGAAUGCGGGCUCUGCCACUACUGCCGAGACAUGAAGAAGUUCGGUGGUCCCGGGCGGAUGAAGCAGUCCUGCGUGCUGAGGCAGUGUGAGGCGCCCAUCCUGCCGCACACGGCCCUGUGCAUGAUCUGCGACGAGGGGGGCCAGGACGCCGAGGGGAUGAGUGGGGCGCGGGGAGCUCUGAUGGAGUGCUCCACCUGCAGCGAGAUCGUCCACCCCUCCUGCCUGAAGCUGGACUCCUCCCUCGGGGUGAUCAGCCAGCAGCUCCCCAACUGCUGGUCUGUCCAAAGUGCGUACAGCUGGAACAGAGGACGCAGGCGCUGCGUCUUCCAGGAACGUCGCACGCUGCCGCUGAAGGCCCCCCAGCCGGAGGGCGGGCACCCGUCGCAGGCGGAGAGGCCGAGGCUGGCGGUGGGGGCCGUCCGCCGGAAGCUGGAGGGGCUGCCCCCCCCUCGCCACUCCGACUACUUGCUGAUGCGCAAGCGGAGACUGGCUGUGGCCGAGCAGUCCGCCCGCAACAAGAUAAAACUCGAGAGGGAACAGAUACUGUUGCGGACGAAGAGGAAGGCAGAAGAUGAUGUCGACCAUCCGUCCCUGCUGAAGUUUCCCCGUCCGGGCAAGGGAGCGGCUAUCUUCCGCGCCGAGCGUCUCCGCCGGUGUCAUCUCAGGCGAACCCAGUCCCUCGCCCUUCACCCCUCCUCCUCCUUCUCCCCCGGCCUCCCCCUCCGCCCUCCCCUCCCCUCCUCCGACGGCAACCCCACCCACCCGCGCCUCUCCGACGGGGUCAAGGCCGAGGUAGGGGGAUUGCAGCCUCCCGUCCGCCUCCAGCGGCCGCCGGCCGACUUCCGGGGCUCGGGGGCCCCCCGCCGGCCCCUCUCCGCCUCCCGGCCCCCGGGCAGGGGGACGGGAGGGGCCGAGGGAGGGGGCUGCCCCUGCGGGAGGGCCGGCCCCCCUAUGCCCUCGCCUGGUGGCAGCCCCUCCGAGGACCAGAUGAUGCAGAGGCACGUGUGGCUGCUGGUGUUCCGCUACCUAACGCAGAGGGAGCUCUGUGUCUGCAUGAGGGUCUGCAAGGCGUGGAACAAGUGGUGCUGUGACAAGAGGCUGUGGACUCGCAUUAACCUGAGCCGGUGUAAAUCCAUCACCCCCCUGGCCCUGAGCGGCAUCAGCCGGCGGCUGCCCGUCAGCCUCGACCUCAGCUGGAGCAACAUCAGUCGCAAGCAGCUGACCUGGCUAAUCAGCAGGCUGCCCGGACUGAAGGACCUCUUCCUGUCGGGAUGCACCUGGUCGGCCAUCUCUGCCCUGAGCAGUCACAGUUGCCCGCUCCUCCGCACGCUGGACCUCCGGUGGGCAGACGGACUCCGCGACCCCCAAAUGAGGGAGCUCUUCUGCGCGCCCGACAAACCAGGUCAGCUGGACAACCGGAGCAAACUGCGCAACGUGACAGACUUCCGGUUGGCGGGUCUCGACAUCAGCGACGUGACGCUGCGCCUCAUUAUCCGUCACAUGCCCGUCCUCGCCCGUCUCGACCUCAGUCACUGCUCCCACCUCAGCGACCACUCGCUCAACCUGCUGACCGCCGUGGGGUCGUCGACCCGAAACUCCCUGUCGGAGUUACAUCUGGAAGGUAAAGGGGUCAGGCCGGUGGCUGUCUCUCUCUGUCCCCUCCCUCCCCCGUCUCUCUGACCCCUCUCUCUCCCG